AUGCCACCGACUCAAGUCAAUGGAAGUAAAACAUACGGUUCAUCCAAUGGUAGUAAAACUGUUUCCAAAGCUACUGCCAGAACCAAUGGACCAGUUGUUGAUAGCUUGCCGUUGGAGAAUUUAUUAUUACGUGACGAAGAUAUAUUUCAAACCACAUUAAACUCGGAGGAUUAUUUAGAGAGUUUGGCACCAAUUAUGAAAAAUGCGAUUAGAUCUAAUGGUUUGAAUGAUUUAAUUGUUAAGUUGAAUGAGAUUGUCAAGUCAAAAGAUGAAGAAUUGAAUCAAGCUUCUAUGGAAUCGGCGGAUGAAAUCAACUCAUCCAUUAAUACUGUUGAUAAUAUACACCAAGAAGCCGAAGAUUUAAAGAAACAGUUCAGUCAGAUCAGUCUGAGGUUAAACAGAUCAGCAUAUGAGUUACAAUCAAGAAAAUCCGUAUAUGUCAAGUACAAAAGGGUUUGUCAGAGAAUUGACGAAACACAAAUUGUUUUGAAUGAAUGUAUUCAAGUACUUGAAUUGAUGAAUAAAAUAUUGGAACUAAUUAGACAAACGAAGUAUUUCCUGGCAUUAAAAUUAAUUGAUGAAAUGAUCAAUAUCCACAUCCAAAAGGUGGAGAAUUUUAGCUUUGCCAAAAAGAUAGUAGAUUCAAUACCACAUCUAACUAAGAUGGUGAAAGAUGAAUCAUUUGAAAACUUAUCCAAAUGGUUGUCCUUGAAUUUAGAGAGGAAAUUGCAAGCUAUUGCUGGUGGAUUAUAUAAUAACUUGGAUGAUUUACACAACAAUUGGAUAAAUAUAAAGAAGGAAAAUGGCCCGACAUUUUUGCCAUACAAGAUUAACUCCCCAGUUGAACUUGCACUUAGAGAGCCUGAGUUGAAUUAUAAUAUUUUUGAGGAUGGAAGUUUACAAAUUAACUUGAAUAGUGUAUUUGAUGCCAUAUUGGUGUACCUGACAUUACAGGAAUUGGAGGUCUUGAGUAGUGCUUACUAUAAGGAAUGGAUGACAAAGUAUAGUAGGGUAAUUUAUCCAAUUACUACGGCAUCUGUUAGUAAAAAAGAUGUGGUGUUUGAUAAUAACGAAUUGUAUGAAUAUUUAAGAAAAAUUGCAGCAUUCUUUGUCGCUGAUAAGCAAUUGAAUUUAGUUACCAAAUUCCAGUUAAGAUCCAAUAAUCAAGCAAAUGAAUUGUGGAUGUCAUAUAUGACGAAAUUAAAGCCGGUAUUGAUCCAGCUUUUGAUGCAUAGAGAUUUUAAAGAUAUAGUUGAAUUAAGUUCGUUCAAGACCAUUAUUGGUGAAUUUUUACAGAUUAUGGAUAACAACGACUAUGAUGUUACAGAACUUUACGAAGUAAUGAUGAUGAUUUUUAAGGAGUAUUAUGUACCAUUAACCGUGCAAGCGUUCAGGAAACAAUUUGUUUCAUCGAUACAAUCAGAUCAUUAUCGUCCUUUGAUUGUAUCCGACAAAGCUAGUUACAACAGCAUUAUCGCUAAUGCUUGGUAUAAGAAAGAUGCUAGCUUUGUUCCAGCAAAUGUGAAAGCAUUGCCGGUGACUUUCCCAUUCAGUGAAGAUUAUGUUCAUUUCUGUUUCCAUAUUAGAAAAUUAAUCAAAGAUAUCCUCAGGUUUAUUGAAGAUUACUACAACUACGAAAUAGGGGAGUUAAAUAAUAUCAUAGUGAACAAUAUUAUCGAAGUUGUAUUGAGUGGUGAGAAAGGAUCUGGUAUUGGUUACGAGAUUGAGCAAUUCAUCAACAGAAAUGAAAACAACAAGGAAAUCACCGCACAAACCUAUACAAACUUGGAAUACUAUUUACUUGGUAUCUAUGAAAUUGGUAAAUUAGUGAAUAGUGAAUUGAGAAAAAACACCGGUAUGGGUGUACAUAACAUAGAUGCGAAUGAUACUUUUACUUUGCAUGCUGUCGAUAAAUUUGUCCAACUUAAGAAACACGCAGAGGAGGCUAUUUUCAGAAUGGUUGACACAAAAAUUAAUGAAUUAUUGGACAUGGUUGAAUAUGAUGAAUAUUUACCAUCAGAAAGAAACACAGAGGCCAAUUUUGCCAUUAAAGAUUUUGCCCUUUUCUUGGAGAACUUGUUUACAUCUAUUUUCAGCAAUUUGCCACUGCAGUUACGUACAUUAGGUCUUUUCAGAACUUAUGAUUUCGUCUCCGAAUAUUUUUUGAACGUAUUGAAGGAUGCCAAUAUUUACAAUAGAACAUUUGUUGCAAACUUUGAUUUAGAUGUGCAGUACUUGGAAGCGUCCAUGAAGAACUUGCAUUCUCUGAAAGGCGAAGGUGAACUUACGAACGGUGGGAAUGUUGCAUUGGAAACUACGUUUACAGAAUUAAGACAGUGUAUUGAUUUAUUGAACCUUGAAGACUAUGACGAGUUUGUUAACAAUUCAUCAUUUAGAAUGAGACAAUUUGAUCGAGUGAAGUAUGAAGAAGGUAUGGCAUUGAUUAAGAAAAUGAAAGAUAACAACUUGCAAAGAAACCCAACGAUUUCAUCAGAAAGAAGUUUCGGUACUCCAGGACUUGCUCAUUCCAGUUCAGUAAGAAGUUUUGCCAAUAUAUUAGGAAAUAGAACAACAGAUGAUGCUGCCAAUACGUCUACAGGAAGUGUUGAAUCGUCACCGCCAACAUCAAAAUUGGCUCAAUUCACCACCAGAUUCAAACAAAAUAAAUAG